AUGAUAAAAGAUAAACGGAAUUUGAUAGGUUUAUUUAGUAUUGGCGUUUUAAGUGGAGGAAUAAUUACUUUUUCUUCUAUUUAUUUGUUAAAUAAACAAUUUAUAAAAGUACCAAAUACAAUUGAAUCAGAACCUAGAAUUCCAAACUAUGGCAGUAAAAGUCCAGUUAAUCCUCCUGGUUUGUAUCAGUAUUCUAAUCCGAGGCCUAUCAGCGAUUGUUUAGUUCGAAAAGGAUAUAUUUCUUACUAUGAUAGACGUUUGAAAGUCCCUGCUUGGGUUUUGGUUCAUAUUACUCCAACAUCUUUAAAAACUAUUCAUGGAAAUCGCAAAUAUUCAAAAUUUAAAGAAGAUUCUUAUAUACCUGAGAAGUUUCGUGCUAAAUUAAGUGAUUAUUUUAAAAGUGGAUAUGAUAGAGGGCAUCUUGCUCCUGCAGCAAAUGCAAAGUUUUCACAGGAAGCUCUUGAUGAAACAUUUUAUCUUACAAAUAUUGCUCCACAAGUAGGAGAAGGGUUUAAUCGAAAUUAUUGGGAGCGUUUUGAAAGUUUUUGCCGAGAUCUAACCUCUAAUUACACAUCUGUUUAUCUUGUUAUAGGUCCUUUAUAUCUUCCAAAGAAAGACCCAGAUGGAAAAUGGAGAGUUUCAUAUGAAAUGAUAGGUAGCCCACCUAAUGUUGCAGUUCCAACACAUUUUUUCACUGUUAUCUAUGCGGAAAAUGAUUCGAGGAAAGACUCUGUAGCAAUAGGCUCUUUUGUUUUUCCAAAUGCAAAAAUAGAUGACAAUACAAAAUUAACAGAUUUUAUAGUACCUAUCAGUGCAAUUGAAAGGGCAAGUGGUCUAGACUUUGAAUAUAAAUCCACCAAGAAACAAAAAGAGUUGUGUAAAGAAGUAAACUGUGCUACGAAACAAUAUAUUCUUAAAAAAUAUGAUAUUCAAAACAUUUAA